AAGACGAACACACACACAGAGGAGGGCUGUCUGCUCUUUUGUCUAAAAAUGCACGCCUCACUUCUAAUUCCUCAUGUGUACUUACAACCCAUGACACAUUUCGGGCAGUGAACUUGACAGACCCGUCCGUGUUUAAGUAAAUCUGAAGAUUAUCAUUAGCGCUUCAAAACAUCUCGUAAUGUUCUCUAAAAAGCCACACGGAGAUGUCAGGAAAUCGACACAGAAAGUGUUGGACCCCAAGAAGGACGUGCUGACAAGAUUGAAACACCUCAGAAUCGUCAUAGAAAAUGCAGAGCCUGUUGAACUCAAACACAUUUUUGAGCAGAAUUAUUCUCACAUCUACUACGUGUUCUUUGAAAACUUUGUCACCAUCGAGGUUAACCUGAAACAGAAAGGUCACAAAUCACAACGAGAGGAGCUUGAUUCUAUUCUGUUCAUAUUUGAGAAAAUCUUACAGCUCUUACCAGAGCGAAUACAAGGAAGAUGGCAGUUCCACAGCAUAGGUCUUAUUCUGAAAAAAAUACUACAUACUGGAAACUCCCUAAAGAUCCGAAGGGAAGGAGUUCGUCUGUUUCUUCUUUGGAUGCAAGCUCUGCAGCACAAUGCCCUGAAAGAACAGCUCUGGAUUUUUGCCUGUCUGAUUCCUGGAUUCCCUCCUCCUCAAUGCGAAUUAGGCCCUCGCACCCUGGAUAAUCUGAUCAGCCCUCCCUUAAACUAUCAAGAGUCUCAAGUUACUCCAGAGGAGAUCAGUCCACUGGUUCCACCCCAAUCAGGAGAUAAAUCCCAGGAGGAUCUCACAGGAUACUUUUUGGAGGCUCUACUAAAAUACAUGGUAAACCAGGCCAAAAGUCUGGAGUGGAAGUAUAAGGAAAAUCAUGAGAAGGGUUUCGCCUUCCUGUUCACAAAUUUCAAAAAGUAUUACCUGCCCCAUAUCUUCCCCAACUUCUCCAAGGAGACCAGUUUGUACAAUCCUAUUCUUGAUAUUCCAGCCAUGAGACCAAAGCCUUACUACAUAGUUGUUAAAAGAGACCCAGAGACCAAUGAAGCCCUGUACUGCACUAAAGAGAACUUCCUUAAUGCCAGAGUCAUAUUUAUCCGCUGGCUGGUCUCCUUUUGGCUGGAGCCCAGGUCCAACACUGGAACACACAUCCCUGGCAUGGAAGGAGAAAACGUGCCAAAGAACAUCCAGAGAGCAGCAGCAGGCCUAGCUGCACGUGGUGAGGAUGGCGGUCUAAGACCAGAUGGUUUGGAUGGGGGAGGUGCUAGUGAACCCGAGCAGUCACACUCCAACACCAGCACGCUGACGGAGAGAGAACCCAGCUCCUCCAGUCUCUGCAGCAUGGAUGAGGAACAUCUCACUGAUAUCGAGGUGGUCCGACGGGUCCUGUGCUCCUCCAGAACCAAUGUCAACUUCAUCACAGAGAUCUUUCGACAGGCAUUUCUGUUGCCCAUGUGUGAAGCUGCAGCGAUGCGUAAGGUGGUACGGGUGUAUCAGGAGUGGAUCUCUCAGCAGGAUAAGCCUGUGUUUAUGAGAGAACAAGAGGAAGACCAAUUCUCAGGCCAGCUGGACUCUGCCCACAAGCAAGGAGCUGAUAAAGAGGAGGAGGAUAUGGGGCUCACAGUUUCCAUUCACAAUCAAAGCCCUAAUUGGUGCAGGAGUAAGUCAUCUGACACUGAAGUCCUGGAGUACAAUGUACAUGCUGGUGUCCAGGCCACACUACAGGUUUUCAUCACCAACUCCUCUAACGUCUUCCUUCUGGAGGCAGCCAAUGAGCUGAAGUCACUUCUGGAAGAACAUGUCGACAUGUCCAAGCGUGUGCUGAACAUAUACCGCAGUCUGGUCAUGCAUGAAACCAUGAACCAGAAGACCUGGGAGCAGAUCCUGCUGGUGUUGCUAAGAGUAACAGAGUGUGUGAUGAAGAGACCACCAUCCAUCAUGCCUCAUGGGAAGAAGAGUAACACUUUAUCAGGCCGACUGGCUGCAGCCAUUUUUCAGACUCUUAUUGUGGCCUGGAUCAAAGGGAAUCUGAACGUGUACAUCCCUCGAGAGUUAUGGGAUGACCUGCUGUCUGUACUCUCCUCUCUUACCUGUUGGGAAGAGCUGGUCACUGAGUGGUCCCUCACCAUGGAAACACUUACCAAGGUAUUAGCACGCAACCUUUAUAGCCUGGACCUGAACGAGCUGCCCCUGAACAAACUCAGUGAGCAGAAACAGAAGAAACACAAAGGCAAAGGUGGCAUCCACGAGGGGCAGAAAAUCACUGUGGAUCGGUCGUUCUCCAAAGGCUGGAGUCGAGACCCACCAGGCCAAGCAGCUGCCAUGAGACAGCGCAGUGCCACCACAGCUGGAUCACCUGGCAUAGAGAAGGCAAGGAGCAACGUCAGACAGAAGACAGUGGACAUGGAGGAACUUCCUAUCGCCCCACGCGUUCAGCGGAUUCGGCACUGCUCUCAGAGCGAGAGGACUCCGUCGUCAGAGGUGUUCUCUGCCUCUGGAGACUUGGAACAGCCCCCUCUUCCCCGCAGCAGCAGCGCCUCUGACAUCAUGGAGCCCUUCAUUGCUGAGCAUGUCAAAGGUGCACUUCCUGUCUCUGACAGUCCCUCUAACUCCACCCACUUUACCACCACCAAUUCCCCCCACUGCUCCCCAUCCCCACACCAGCUCACUGACCCACCCCCUGACAGCCAAGCAUCCCUGGAGGUGGGCGAAAGCAUCUAUGACCAUCUCUGCCAGAUGCCAGGGCAGCAACCUCCCUUUAUCCCUGAUUGGUCCUGUCCAGCUGCAGCUGAGACAAUUCAGAUCGAGGGAGAAGGCGAGGAGGACGUCUUCAGCGUUUUCAAGGAGUUUUGUAGCAGGGAGUUCAUGGUAGGCGAAAUUGGGGUGUUUGGAGAGAAAGUUGAGUCAGGUUCAGAUAGUAGACAAGUGCAGAUUGGGGAAAGUGGGGAUUGGGCAUUAGAAUGGGAUCGAGAAAUGGAACAAAGCGAGAAGAGUUUGUAUGAGUGUUUAGAGCAGUGCGAUUGGGAUUUGAGUCUUAUGCAGAAAAGUUCUAGUACAGAGGGUCCAGUAGAGGUCAGUAAAGCCAAACAGUUACAACGCCAGAAUGCUACAGACAGGGCGAGCGAAAGCGAACACAGCCCAUCACCAACCCAGCUUGCAGCAAGGCCCAAGCUCUCCCAUCCUGACCCCAAAAAGAGGCACAGCGGUGGGGUCCACGUCAGUUUCCGCCCGUCCACAGAGUCCGUGCAGUUUCACAACCCCCUGGACCCCAAAGAGGCACACUGGAAGACCCGACUUCGCCGUCUCGGCCACUUUAGCAGCCACUCGGUUGGGGGGAGCGGGGCAGCAGCAAAGGUCAAAGAUGGCAUGGGGGAAGGGGUCGCCUGUUGCGAACCUGUGGAGCCGAAUAGAGGCUCCAACAGCGGGGCUAGACGUGGCCGACUCAGCCGCCCAUCUCUCCGCCCACGGGGUUCCCGCUCCAGAUCUCAGGAAUCAGGGUGUAGCCCCUCACGGCAGCAGCAGGUGGCACUGUUGGGUGGGGUGUAUAAGUCUAUGGUCCAUGCUCUCUCCAAACCCAAGGCCCAGGCGGUGUCACCCCAGCGCCAUGGCAAAACACCUGCCACUGAGGCACACCUGAAGGACCUGUACACUCAAGUAAUGGGCUAUUUUGGAAGAAAAACCUCAGCCAAUAAAGAUGAGCUGACGCCAAAAAUGAGGCCCAUGUCCAAUGAUGCUGGCAGCAGCAACCCAAACGUCAGUGACCUCAUGGAUGAGUUCAUCCAGGAGAGGCUGAGGGCUAGGGGAACUUCUAGCAUGACAAGGCGUGGCAGUAGCCCAGGCAGUCUUGAGAUUCCCAAAGAUCUACCAGAGCUCCUGAACCGUCAGAACGCCACACGACCUGCAGAUGACCCCGGCGUACCCUCUGAGUGGACUUCACCAGCCAGCGCCAGUGGAAGUGACCUUAUUAGCUCAGACAGUCAAUCAGAGUCCUUCAAUGCUUUUCAGUAUGAAAACAAGUUUGAAAAUUUCAGUUUCCCACCCGAGACUUGUGCUCUUGGCUCUACCGAUCAGGAUAGUUUGAGUGGAACUGGGCAAACCGCAGAGGAACAAGAGCUUUCUAGCCUCACCACACUUCACAUUGACUCGGAGACCAGCAGCCUCAGUCAGCAUGGCCUCUCUGCUGAUACAGUCACCAUUACUGGUUCAGAAAAUGCAUCUCCCAUGCACUCUCUGGGAGGUUCUCGAUCACAGACACCAUCCCCUGCCACACUGACCGCCGAACAAAUCCAGCACAAAGACCUGCAGCUGGAUGAGAAAAUGCACCAUUCUGUCCUGCAGACCCCUGAUGACCUUGAAACCAGCAAGUUUCCGACAGAGGACUGUAGUGUGAUGGCUGGAGGCAGUCUGACCGGCUGGCACGCUGAUGUCGCCACAGUGAUGUGGAGGAGAAUGCUCGGCAUUCUGGGAGAUGUCAACAUCAUCAAGGACCCUGAGAUUCAUGCACAGGUCUUUGACUACCUCUGUGAACUCUGGCAAAACUUGGCCAAGAUCAGAGACAAUCUUGGGAUCUCCCUCGACAACCAGUCGUCUCCACCACCGCCAGAUCUGAUUCCACCCCUGCGGAUUCUGACUCCCUGGCUUUUCAAAGCCACUAUGUUGGGAGAACGCUAUAAGCAAGGAAAACUCCAUGCCUAUAAGCUCAUAUGUAAGAUCAUGAAGCGGAGGCAGGAUGUUUCCCCAUACUCUGACUUUCUUACACACUUCUACAACAUCAUGCACAACGGCCUGCUUCACCAAGACCAGGACAUCGUGAACACCAUCAUCAAGCACUGCUCUCCACGCUUCUUCUCUAUAGGACUUCCUGGAGCCACUAUGCUCAUCCUGGACUUCAUUGUGGCAGCGAGCCGUGUGACUGCCUGCUCAUCCCUCAAUGCUCCUCGGGUAGAGGCUCAGAUCUUGUUGGGCUCCUUGGUGUGUCUCCCAAACCUGUACAAGGAACUUCCUGCCUUGCACCCCACAACAGCCGACAUCAUCAUAACAAAAUUCACAGAUGUCAAGGAGCACAUAAUCAAGCACAUCUUGACUUCUGCCAGAGACGAGCCUUCUGCCCCAGCAAGGUGUGUGGCUCUCUGUAGUCUGGGGAUCUGGCUCUGUGAAGAGCUUGUUAAUGGCACUCAACACCCACAGAUCAAAGAAGCCCUUAAUGUCAUCUGUGUCACUCUCAAGUUUUCUAAUAAAACUGUAGCCCUGGUGGCCUCGGAUAUCCUGCACCUGCUCAUAAACAACGUGGAUGAUCUGCAGAAGUUUCCACCUAACACUCCAAAGAAAAUAGUGGAGGUCCUUAUUGCAACCAUCACUUAUCUUCUUCCAGCCACAGAGUCCUCCCCUCACGAGCUGGACAAGAGGCUGGUUGUAUCUCUGCUGCUAUGUUUGCUAGACUGGGUGAUGGCUCUGCCUCCAAAAACUCUCCUGCAGCCGGUUCAAGGAGUCUCUGACAAAGAGAAAACCGACAAAUCUGUUCUCAGCUGCAUCUAUAAAGUCCUCCAUGGCUGCGUGUAUGGUGCUCAGAGCUUCAGUAAUCCCAACUACUUCCCCAUUCACCUGUCAGAUUUGAGCAGCCCAGAAUAUGACCCCUUUCUACUACUGGAGAACCUUAAGGAGCCAGAGCCCCUUCACUCACCAGACUGUGAACGCUCCUCCAAACUGCAGCCUGUCACUGAAGUGAGGAGCCGUAUUCAGCAAGGCCUGAUCUCAAUUGCAGCACGCACAGUCAUAUCCCACCUGGUCAACCACUUAGGUCACUAUCCGAUGAGUGGUGGUCCGGCCACUCUGACCAGUCAGGUGUGCGAAAACCAGGAUAACCCAUACAGCGAAAGUGCAGACCUCACCCCUGAACUGUUUGAUGCGCCCAACUUACAGUUCUUCGUGCUUAAUGGCACCACACUGCUGUCCUAUCUACAGAUAAGGGCGGAGGAUGGCCUGCCUGGAGGCGGCAUGUCAGUUGGCCUCACCACCACCAGUGCCUGCAUAAGAGUUAUUGUGCGGGACAUUUCCGGCAAACACUCUUGGGACUCAGCUGUACUGUAUGGUCCACCCCAUUGCAUUACUCCAAGUCAACCUUUACACCUUUAUACUUCAUUAAAUACCUCAGGGGAUGGCAGAGAACAUGGCCGAGAUGUGGACAGCCUAGACCAAGGUAGUCAAGAGGAUUCAGAGGAUGGAGCAUUUCAGGAGAAUGAGGAGAGCCUGGAAGAGCAUGAAGAGGAUGUGAAAGAGCACAAGGAAGAGGGAGAUUUCGAGGAUGAGGAUGGAGAACCAAAGAUGGCCCCACAGGCCAAGCAACGGUGCCGAGAGGUCAUCCCAAGCUGGGACUCCCUGCAGGAUGGGGAGGAUGCUCUGGAUGAGAUGCUGCAGUACCUGGGAAACUCCAGCCCGGAGUGCCUGCAGCGUACCGGUGCACCGCUCAACAUCCCAGCUCCACCACCAACCUGUGUGUCUGAGAAGCAGGAGACUGAUGUCAUUAAUGCCAUCCUGAAACAGUGUGCUGAAGAGCAGGACUUCACAGUGCAUUGGGGGAAUGACCUGAACAUGAGGGCGGUAGUGCAGCAAGAGCCAAGCCCGCAGAGACCUCAAUCGGCCUUCUACUACUGCAAACUUCUCCUCAACAUACUGGGCAUGAACUCAUGGGAAAAGAGGAACAGUUUCCACCUGCUGAAGAAGAAUGAAAAACUACUGAGAGAGCUGAAGAAUCUAGAUUCAAGACAAUGUCGUGAAACACACAAGAUUGCCGUGUUUUACGUAGCAGAGGGGCAAGAGGACAAGCACUCCAUUCUGUCCAAUACUGCUGGGAGUCAAGCGUAUGAAGACUUGGUGUCAGGCCUGGGCUGGGAGGUGAACUUAGCAAGUCACUGUGGUUUCAUGGGUGGCCUGCAGCGGAACAAGAGCACGGGUUUGACCAUGCCCUAUUUCGCCACCUCUACUGUAGAGGUGAUGUUCCACGUGUCCACACGUAUGCCGCCGGACUCCGACGACUCGCUCACUAAAAAGUUAAGACACCUGGGGAAUGAUGAAGUGCACAUAGUGUGGUCAGAGCACUCGCGGGACUAUCGGAGAGGCAUCAUUCCUACUGAAUUUGGAGAUGUGCUGAUCAUCAUCUACCCCAUGAAAAACCACAUGUACAGCAUCCAGAUCAUCAAAAAGCCUGAGGUGCCAUUCUUCGGUCCAUUGUUUGAUGGAGCAAUAGUGGAUGGAAAGAUCUUACCCACAGUUGUGCGAGCCACGGCAAUCAACGCCAGCAGAGCACUGAAAUCCCUGAUCCCUCUCUAUCAAAAUUUCUAUGAAGAAAGAGCGAGGUAUUUGGAGACGAUAGUCCAGCACCACUUGGAACCCACAACAUUUGAGGACUACGCAGCUCGUGUUUUUUGCCCUGCACCCUUCCACCAUCUCCCCUCUGAAGCAGGUUCAUGCCAUGAGAGUCAACCGGCCGAAAGUCCUGCAAUGCAGGUAGACGGGAGCGACUUGGCCUCGCCAAUGUCUCGUGCUAGCAAAAGCCGGAUGUCCAUGAAGCUCCGCCGUUCUUCUGGCUCCGCAAACAAGACAUGACCCUUUCCUCCAGAACAAACACACGCAACGCCCUCCUACUGAACACUCCACGCUAUUCGCUCUCAAUCCAGGACUUCGCCCAAUGCACUUCUUGCCUGCAUAGCCAUGCCCCAAUGAUCUAUGACUCCUCCCAUCCAGAACUGAGAGCCACAACAAUCAAAGUUAUACUUGAGAUGCUCAUUUGAGGUGAUUUGUGCGCAGUUGUUGUACAGUGGGCAGAAAAGACAAAUGAAAUGUUUAUUUUUGUUUUAUUAAAUGUUUAAUUAUCAGAGCUGGUGCCACUGAACUAGCUAGCGAGCUGCCCACUACUUGGAGUGUCAGUGAUUGUAACAGGAGAAUAAAUUAUUAGUUGCGGAAACGUUUUUGUUUUGAUUGCCAUUGUAUCAGCCACAACGUUUUAUAUUUGUACAGAGGACUAUUUAAGCGCCAAGGUUUUCUUUAUAAUCUGACGGUUUGAUGACAAAACAAUCUGCAAUGGCUGGAGAAGUGUUUGAAAAUGGUGUUUGUAAAGCAGGUGUACAUUUAAACUUAAGCACUAGCUGUAAUGUUUAUUUCAGAGUUUGUUUUUAUAUGAAGUUGACGACUGUUUCUGUAUUUUUUUUUUGUUUGUCUAUUUGUUUUGUUUGUUUGUAUGUAAGUUUUCAUUAUGGAUCACGUUAUGAUUGUAAAUUCAGUUUUCACUUGAUUCGGAUGUUACUGUUUUUUUUAUUGUUAAUGUUACGUAUAUUGAACGGCCCCCUUUUGUCAUUUGUAAUGGUUAUUUGUGUGUAUAUAUCUAUAAAUAUAAAAUAUAUACAUAUUUAAUGUAUGUUUAUAGUGUAUGAACAGUAUCUGAUCUGUGUACAUAUUUAACAGUAUUUAAAUCAACCAAAAAAAAAAGAUCAAAAUGUUACUAUAACCUCAAGCCACUUAGAGCCAGUCAAAGAGUGCAAAUGUGAUCUCUCCUGCUUGAAUGUUGAUCUUUAUGGCUUGGUUUUGCUGGGUUCUUGUCCUGUUGUAUUGUUUCUUUGCACAGCAGCCUUAGAGACAAAAGCCAACACAGGUUUAUCAGCUCAUUUACAGCAUUAAUCAUUUGACUGCAACGCCUCUUUUUGAUUCAUCUUGAGAGAGAUUUUGAAGAAAAAGUGCAUACGAGUAGCCACAUUACCAGGUCUUGCAGGGAUAGGGCAACGUUGUCAAAUUGAACACAACUACCCACUUCAGGACACUUUGAGCUAGUUCAACUGGGAGACCCCAUGUGUUUGUUUUUGUUGCUUUUGUUCUUUGACCAGUGUGCAAAUAACAUCUCUGAAACUUGUGUAGGUCACUUUUAUGUUUUCCUUUGAACGUUUAAGGGAUUAAAGGGUAACUGACACUGACAAAGGUCAAAUGCAAGUUUGUAUAUUUUCUUGGAAGUUAUGCGAGACUUCAUAAGGGUCAUUCUUUGUGGAUUUUGUUUUACUUUUCAUUUUAAUUUGAAAUUGUUUACAAAUUUAUCAUACUAAAAUUAUUAUAUGGAGUUGAAAUCAUACAGCACCUUUCUGGAUUGAUAAAAUAAAAUGUAUAUUAAAAGCCUGCACACAAGUGACUUGAGAAUUGUGCAUAUUUUCAAAAGGAAAAACAACUCCUAUAUGGGUAGAUUUAAUGUAUGUUAAUACUGACCAAAUGCUGCAUGAUUCCAGUACAAACUGCAUGUGUUGAUAGAACAACUGCACAAUAUGCAAGCACAUGCACAAACACAAUAUUGUCAUACGAUAGUGCUAUAUAUUAUACAUUUGUAUUGGAUGUAGAAGAAGGAGAGUGGAUGUGAAACUACACUUAAGAAUAAAACUAUUCUUACAACA